ACCGGGGAUGGUCUGGACACGGGGAUACAAUGGACAGGUUCAUAUUUCCCGCCCUAGUAGGAAUUCUGGAGCUCUAAUCGAUUGUGAAUGUUGGCAACACUGAGUCACAUCAGCCGUUAAAUCAGUAUAUCAGUGGACAACGAAGUCUGAGUUUCAUAGCAUGAAGUCUGUUCUUGACGUCUUUGAUCUAACUUUUUAAGAUGCCACGGACAUUUAAAAAGACAACUGACAGAACCUUUCCAGAAGGUGAUCUUCAGCAGGCUGUAGAAGACAUUUUGAACAACCAUGGCAGCUUGCGUCAGGUAGCAGCUGCUCGAAAUGUAACCAAAUCUCGUUUAGCCCUUUAUGUAAAGAAAGCAAAAGAAAAGGGCUCAGAUAACGUUUCCUUCAAACCUAACUUUCACCAGAGGAAAGUUUUUUCCGACCAAAUGGAGAAAAUGCUAGCCGAUUACCUGCUACAUUGUUCCAAAAUGUUUUAUGGAAUGACGCCAAAAAAAUGCAGACAAAUAGCCUAUCAGUUUGCUGAGGCUAACGAUGUAAAAGUUCCAAACUCCUGGGAAGAAAAUCAACAAGCUGGAGAAGAUUGGUUUACUGGUUUUAUGAAGAGGAACUCCACACUGUCAAUUAGAAAACCUGAGGCCACUUCCCUAGCCAGAAUGACUGCCUUCAACAAAACAACUGUAGGUGAAUUCUUUGACAAAUUACAUGAGGUGAUCAACAGAAAUAAAUAUAGAACCUCGGACAUCUUUAACUUGGACGAAACAGGGGUUACCACUGUCCCACCUGUGACUAAAGUGAUUGCGCAAAAAGGUGAAAAACAAAUUGGUCAAGUUACUUCAAGAGAAAGGGGAGAACUUGUCACCCAAGUCGGGAUAAUAUGUGCCAACGGCAAUUGUUUGCCUCCCGUUUUUAUAUUUCCACGAGCGCGCUUUGACAAGACGAAAAUGAUGGCGGGAGCAGCCCCUGGGGCUUUAGGUCUGGUUCAUAAAUCAGGAUGGAUGACGACAGACAACUUUAUUUUGGUUUUGAAAUUUUUUAAGGAUAACGUCAGGUGUGAUAAAGAGCAUCCUGUCCUGCUUCUAAUGGAUAACCAUGAAUCGCAUCUUAGCUUGGAGGCCAUCAACUUCUGCCGGGAUAACGGAAUCACUAUUUUGACUUUACCGCCACAUACUUCAAACAGAUUACAGCCCCUGGACCGAAGCGUAUUUGGGCCAUUCAAGAAGUAUUUCAGCAAUGCAGUGCACUCAUGGAUGUUGGAUCACCCCAAUCAAACUCUAACAAUCUACUCACUUCCGGAGCUUUGCUCCCGAGCUUGGGAUCGAGCCGCGACUCCCGAAAAUGCAAAAGCUGGUUUUCAGAAAUGUGGCAUCUCACCAUUCGAUAGAAACAUUUUUCAAGACCAUGAUUUUCUGUGCUCUGCUGUCUCAGAUCGUCCAUGCCCUUCUUCAGAUCCUCUCAUUCCAAGCAACUCCUUAAAACCUACUGAGUCAAGCACUGAUUUAGCCAAUGGCAUAAAUGCUGAAGAUCCUCCUAGCACAAUCAUCAAUUCUACCGAGGCUCAUACACCAAUUGCAUCAUGCAGUCAUCAUUUUAAUAAUAACAAUUUACUCUCGGGUUCUUUUGUUUCACCAGAACAGUUAAUUCCAUACCCAAAAGCUAAGCCACGGAAACUGACUAAGGGUGGUCGCAAGCGUGGAAAAUGUAUGAUUGCCACUGAUACGCCGGAAAAAGAAGAAAUCGAAGAUAAAUCAAGAAGUAGACUGGCAAAGAAAUCUAAGGCUGUGAAAAAUGUUUUCCAAGGAGAUAAGACUGAUUCAUCGGACGAAGAUAUGGAUGAAGUUAUUUUAAAGGAUUCAUCUUCCGAAAUGGAAUUAGACGAUGAAAGCGAUGAGUGCCUUAGGAGUGGAAGUGAUGCCGUUGAGGGUAACUUCCUGGUUGUGAAAGUACCGUCAGAGAAAGGAAGGUUUGCUGUUAAUUUUGUUGCCAAAAUAGAACAAAAAUUACUAGACGGCCUUCAUGUCCAGUUUUACAAGCGAACGAUCCCAUCAAAUCGUUUUCGCUUGACAAAUGAAGCGUCUUCUUUCAUAACUUUUUCUCAAGUUAUCACAAUUUUACCAAAGCCGAUAGAAGACAAUCGAGCGAGAUUCAAAGGCAUGCUUUACUUCAAUACUGAUAUAUCAGGAUUCUAUCUGCAAUAACUAGUUGAAUAUGAUUAUAUUUUAUACUUGUCAGUUAUAGGUAUUGAAGAUUUUUUCUCAAUUGUUAAUUUCAUUUUUAUGUAAGACUGAAUUAAUGGUUCCUAAUAAUCGUAACUUAAUAUAAUAAUCAACAUAUUUGUAUUUUCUACAUUUGUAAUCUGUUAAAUAAACGAAUUUAAAAAAAAUCGAUGUUUUAUUCAUUUUUUGAAGUGCCCUAAAUUCAUGUCCAUACCAUCCCCGGGUAGUGUCCAAUGUAUCCCUGUACCCGGGGAUGGUUUGGACAAAUGCGCUACCUUAGAUUUUUGGCAGUUUUUUCAAAACGUAUUAAUUUUGGAUAUUUUAUAUUUUAAAUAUAUGGACCUAAAGAACCACUCUAAACAUUAGUGCAGAAACCAAGAAGGUAACAUCUUUAGAAAAAAUUUCAAAAAUAAAAAACGGAAAAGUGCCCAAACCAU